UUAUAGAACACAUUUAAAAUCGAAAUUUAAUACACAGAUUGGGGUUAAUUAUUUGUUUGUGUUACAUCGAGAGGUAAAUUCGCAUGCAAUAAUUUCAUGUGUGACAUAAACCCCACCGUUUUAUGUUAUAUGUCAUCCAUUGUGCAGUUCAGCACUAGUGAUAAAAUAUAUUUGAUAUUUUCCACUGUGAAAUUACCGGAUAAACUGAAAAAAGAAAAUAAACUAGUAUGAAAUAGAAUCUAUCGCACUCUUAAUAUGAAAUGUACGGCAGUAUCGAUUAUGUAGUGCGCCUUAGCACCCCUGCAAAAUAUUGGAGUCUGCCGGCUUUAACGUAGUUGUUCGCAUUUUAUUGGAGAAAAGCUGUCAGAACCACGUGCGUUUUUGUAUUAGAUACUGGAAUACUGAGGCGAACAGACACAACCAGAUGGAGCAAGACGAUCAUCUAGUGGAGAAAGAUAGAGACGAGAAACAUGAGGGUUCUGUCCCUAGUGAUGAAAGUUCUUCCUUGGACGACCAAUCGGACUACGUUGAUCGGGAGAAAUGGGGGUCACAGUUCGAAUUUAUACUCGCUAUCGUCGGUUAUGCCGUUGCGUUUGGCAACUUGAUGAGAUUUCCGUACCUGUGUAUGCGAAACGGCGGAGGUGCGUUCUUGAUUCCAUUUUUCAUAUUCAUGGGAUUGGUUGCGUUUCCUUUGUAUUACCUAGAGGUAUGUCUGGGUCAGUUUUCUGCCAGCAGUCCUUUGUUCGUCUGGAGAAUAGCCCCGCUUUUAAAAGGACUUGGUUGGCUAAUGAUUAUUAUAUCAGGCAUAGUGUCCUGGUACUACAACACUAUAAUUGCGUGGGUGCUAUACUAUCUUGUGAAUUCCUUCUAUCCCACGCUGCCUUGGUCUACCUGUGACAAUGACUGGAAUACUGAAAACUGUAGGCCAUCUGACCCAGAAGCGCUUAAAAAGCUGGAAGACAACAGUAUUACUAAUCAUACUGGAGAAGAUAUUUAUAGCCUCGUUCCUGUCAGAAACGUCAGUUCGGCGAAGGAAUUCUGGCAGUACAAUGUGUUAGAGAUGUCUUCGGGAAUAGAUGAGAUCGGUACAGUUAAAUGGCACUUGGUCUUGGCAUUAAUGGGUGCCUGGGUCUUAGUCUUUCUCUGUCUAAUUAAAGGUGUCAAAUCUGUUGGAAAGGUAGUGUAUGUGACAGCAUUGUUACCUUACGUGUUACUGGUGGUCUUCCUGGUGCGUGGGCUGACUCUUCCAGGGGCUAUGGCUGGUAUACGGUACUACCUCUCACCUGACUUUAACAGACUCCGUGACAGUCAGGUCUGGCUGGAGGCCGCCGUGCAGGUUUUUUAUUCCCUCGGACCAACAUGGGGAGGCGUCGUCACCAUGGCAAGCUACAACAAGUUUAGGAACAAUUGCUUGAGGGAUACUUUCAUAGCGUGUCUUGCUGACUGCCUGACAAGCUUCUUUGCUGGCUUUGUUGUCUUUGCUGUAGUCGGUUACAUGGCAGUGGAAAUGAAACAACCGAUUGAAGAAGUUGCAACAGCUGGACCGGGUCUGAUGUUCAUAGCGUAUCCUGAGGCUAUAUCAAAGAUGCCAGUACCACAACUUUGGGCGGUUCUCUUCUUCAUCAUGAUGAUUACUGUUGGACUUGAUACACAGUUUGGAAUGUUUGAGACACUAUCUAGCGGUAUCGUUGAUGCGUUUCCUCACAAACUUGCAAAGCGAAAAACACUGGUCACAGCAGCUAUCGCUUGUGCGAUGUUUAUUCUUGGACUGGUGUUUACAACAAGUGCUGGUAUAUACAUAUACAACUUGAUAGACUGGUAUGCUAGUGCGUUUUGCAUGUGUUUAGGAGGUGGAUUGGAGUUCAUUGCUGUUGGCUGGUACUAUGGAGCGGAGAGAUUCAGUAACGACCUGAAGCUGAUGUUAGGUUACCGUGCACCCGUUUUACUUCGUAUAUGUUGGUGUUUUAUUUCUCCCGCUGCCGUCUUUAUAGUCUUUAUCCUUCUGUUAUCACGGUACGAGGCAGCUACCUACGAAGGUCAUCCAUACCCAGAUUACGCAAUCACUUUAGGAUUUGUGUUAGCAUUGAUACCAGUAUUGCCAUUGCCAAUUUGCUUUGUUUACGAACUUGUUACAAGAAGUGGAACUUUAUCAGAGCGUUUUGCUAAGUCAAGGGAGCCAGAAAAUUGGAGACCGAGCGAUAGAAAGUUAUGGGACUUAUACGAAGCAAUGGAGAAACCAAGAGCACAUGGAGUGGUUGAUUACAUUAAAAUGACCAUAUUUGGUCGACCAAAUUCACCUAGACUAGAUUCAGUCGUCAUGCAAUAAAAUAGUCAACCCAUGUACUGUAAUCAAUAUUUUUCCAAGAGAUAUACCAUCACAUGUACAUCACAAUUUUUGCUAGUAAUAGACAACAGUCUACUGAAAAUCAAAAGUCAUAUAUGCUGAGUUAAGGGAGUAUGCCUAAAUAAGCUGGUUAUUUUAAUUUUACAAAGAAGUGUUACAAUUACAAAGAAGUGUUACAAUUACUGCAUGACAAACAUUAAAAUGGUUUUGAAGUGUCUACAUAUUUUUAAACCAAUGGAUAUUUUUACAAUAGUCAGUUUUUUUUAUUGUCUGCUAUUUACAAUUGAAUUACUUUGUAAACAAAUUUAAAAAAGGAAAAAGAAAUCAAGAGGCAUGUCCAAAGUGACUCCUAUAAUAAAAAUAUUAUUUUAGGAUUGAUUUUUAUGGUAUUCGUGCGCGCUUAAAUGUUAAAUUUAGCAAGAACGCCAGAAAAAGAUACGAUAAUCCUUAUAAUUCCAAGUUAACAUGUUUCUUCCCCGAUUUUCUUUGAAAUAGUGAUUUUGCUCUCCCAUCAAAAUAAACAUUUUUAUCAAAUUUUGAAUUGAAACAAACCAUAAUCGACGGUUAUGAAAUAUUUAAUAAGAAAAUGAGUGCUCACUCUUAUAUGUUUCGUUCAGAAAUGAAGAUAUUUUAGCCAUGUACUUGAUUCGGCAUUAAUACAGUGCUUAUGUAAUCGGAUAAAUCGAGCACUACAUAAGUAUGAGAACGAAGUACUUGCAUGAAUCAAUCGCUGCGUUAGUAUGAGAACAAAGUCCUGGUAUAAAUCAAGCGUUUCUUUAGUGAAGUACUCGCAUGAAUCAAGCGCGUCGUUAGUAUGAGAACAAAGUACUGGUAUAAAUCAAGCGUUUCAUUAGUGAAGUACUCGCAUGAAUCAAGCGCGUCGUUAGUAUGAGAACAAAGUACUGGUAAAAAUCAAGCGUUUCAUUAGUGAAGUACUCGCAUGAAUCAAGCGCGUCGUUAGUAUGAGAACAAAGUACUGGUAUAAAUCAAGCGUUUCAUUAGUGAAGUACUCGCAUGAAUCAAGUGCUACUUAGAAUGAGAACGAUCUACUCGCAUGAAUCAAACGCUUCCCGGUAUGUAAACGAAGUACUCGCAUAAAUCAAGCGCUACUUAGAAUGAGAACGAUCUACUCGCAUGAAUCAAACGCUUCCCCGGUAUGUAAACGAAGUACUCGCAUAAAUCAAGCGCUACUUAGAAUGAGAACGAUCUACUCGCAUGAAUCAAACGCUUCCCCGGUAUGUAAACAAAGUACUCGCAUAAAUCAAGCGCUACUUAGAAUGAGAACGAUCUACUCGCAUGAAUCAAACGCUUCCCCGGUAUGUAAACAAAGUACUCGCAUAAAUCAAGCGCUACAUAGAAUGAGAACGAUCUACUCGCAUGAAUCAAACGCUUCCCCGGUAUGUAAACGAAGUACUCGCAUGAAUCAAGUGCUACUUAGAAUGAGAACGAUCUACUCGCAUGAAUCAAACGCUUCCCCGGUAUGUAAACGAAGUACUCGCAUAAAUCAAGCGCUACUUAGAAUGAGAACGAUCUACUCGCAUGAAUCAAACGCGGUAUGUAAACGAAGUACUCGCAUAAAUCAAGCGCUACUUAGAAUGAGAACGAUCUACUCGCAUGAAUCAAACGCGGUAUGUAAACGAAGUACUCGCAUAAAUCAAGCGCUACGAAGUAUUCCCAGGAAUCAAGAUUUCCGUCGGUAUGUGAACGAAAUGCUCGCAUGAAUCAAGCGCUCCAUCAGUAUGUGAACGACUCGACUAAACAAAUCAAAUUGUUUGAAUUAAUAGAUGGAUUAUAUAAAUCAAAAGGCCUUAUCUAUACAAAUAUAUUUAUAUCAUUUCAGAAUCAGUUUUUACGUCAAGAUACUACGUACUAUCACGGUUAUUAAUUUCAUGUUACCGAUCAUUUACGCGAUGAAUAUACACAGUCUUCAAUUUAUCGUUCAUUUUUCUGGUGUAUAAUCAUAACGUGAAUGAUUUUGUGACAUAUGAAUUUCAGUUCAUGUUCAAGUAUGUCUUUGAAUGUUUUUUCACUGAUCUUAAAUUCUACGCAUUUGAAUUCUUUUCAUUUAGGCACACAGAAAAUGUCUGUGAAUUGUAAAUGAUACAUUUUUAUGUUUUAUCAUGUAAAGGUUCCAGUUGUUAUAAACUGAAUAGAAAUGUGUUUUACAUGUGAAAGAAGCGAUUCUUUUCCAUGAUGUAUUUCAGUUGUUUUAAACUGUUCCAUGCUUAUAGUUUUCUAUGAUCAUGUAGAUAGGAUCUCAUAAUACUGUUCGUAUCCUUAUGACAAUAUGAAUGUGAACAGUUUGGACCAAUAUAAGGAAGUUCUUGAGUGUUUAAAUGUUUGAAGAACAUAGUAAACGUUGGUUUUUAGCGGGAAUUAGUAUAUUCAGUACUUAAAACAUCCUGAAUGCUUGAGUCCGAAUACUGUUAUAUCUGAACAGUCAUUUAGUUAUUUUUAAUGUAGACAAUCGCGGGUUGCAAAUGUAUUUAAACAGGUAAAUCAUAUUUUUGGCACAAAGGUUUAAAAGAGUUAUGCAUUUAGUUAUUGAAGAACAGUUUGUCCUUUUAAUUUGACAACUUUUUGUAUAAGGUUAUUCUUACUAUUUGUGCUUUAAUAACUUUAAUUCAAAGUAUAGGAGUUUCUCGAAUAUCUUAUCGAAUUGAAACCUGAGACAAGCAUGUACGUCCGUAUACAAUUUGACGUUAUUGAGGUUAGCUGGAUGUAUCUUCAUAGGUAGUUUAGAGUUUGUUUGCUAUGUGCAAAUCCUCCCGUAUCUCUACAUGAAGCAGAGUAUGUCUUUUUACUUUAAGUCCGCUAAAUUUUUAAAAUGGACUGGUCUAUCAUUCUAUUUGGGCAAUACCAUUUAUUAUUUGAAGGAAUGUUCACUGAAAAUUUACUGACUGAAUAGCGAACAGUGCAGACCAUGAUCAGACUGCACGGAUGUGCAAGCUGAUCUUGGUCUGCACUGGUCGCAAAGGCAGAAUCACUUGCCGCCAACAGGCUAAGGGUUUAAUUUAUAAUAGUCAAACUUUAACUUUGUUCCAGUAUUGUAAAUAUCAAGAUUUUCAAAAUAAAAAGCAAAAUAUGAAAUAAACUGUUAUUCAGUAUUACUCGUCGUGAACAGUGUACACAAUUUUCAUUUCUAAUAAAACCAAAGCAAUAAGUACUAUCAUUUUCAUUUUUAUCUUUUAUUUUUUCGUGUUAGUUUAGUUUAGCUAGAUUGUUAUGAUAAGUUCAACCUCUCGAGUCCGCUUCUUGGAAAAAAAACAGUUCUGGGGUCAUUUGAGGUGUAGUCUUAACCCUAUUGGGACUCGGCACCAUGGCCCUCGUGUUGAGCGAAAGACAACUUAGCCACUAGACCACCGCUCCCCUUUAUGAGAUCAUGUUAGGGCAUACAGGAGGACAAUUUUACAAAACUAAUCGACAUCGGGGAUCACGUUCAAAACUGUUGGUAUGGAUACAUCUUCUGAAGUUCAGCCUUAAACAAUUUCUUAGCUGUUACUGCUUGUUGUAUGAUCCAUUUCAUUGUGCCAGUAAUAACAUUGAAGACUACGGUUGAUAAAAAUGUUUGAUAUUGCUGUUGUUUGAAAGUUUUUGUCAUAUUUCAUUGUAAGUUAUAUAUGUACACGAACAAUUUUGCUUUUAGAAAUUUCUCUCAUGACACUAGUAGUUCCGUAUGUAAAAUAUGUCGAGUUGCUAGUAUCUGUAUACAUUGCAAACAAAUUAUGGAACAAAAAACCGGAUUUGUUGGAAUGCUGUAAAUAUACAACGAAUAACAACAACUCAGUAUUGUAGACGUUUCUAGUAAUUAUGUAGCCGUGUAAAUUAAGGGAGGCAUUUAGUUUUUUAUUGAUGCUGCAUUAGAAAAUAGCCAGAAAGUGGCAAAGUUUAGAGUAAAAGAAUGAUGUUUUAAAGGAUUUGAUUUACACGAUCAUACCAUAUGUUUUAGUACUGCCAAUGUCUUUUUACGUCUGUUUUUAGAGACUGUUCGGACUCGGUUUAACUAUUUGCAACUCAAACUUCAUUAUAGCUCGAUAUAAUUAAGUAUUUUCCCCAAUCAUCGUUACAUGUGCGUUCAAACACUUGAAAGAAUAAUAUAGAACGCUGAAAUAAACGUAGUUUUAGUAUGUAAA